CUGUACUCCCUUUUUUAAACAUUUUAUUAUAAUAUAAUCAGAUUAAGGAGCAUCCUAUAAUUAAUCUGAGUUCCAUUCGAAACACAUCAACAUUUUUCCAUACACCAUAAUUAGAAACUGCAUUUGUUGAAUGCACAUUGCCAAUCUUCAUUUCAUAAAUGCACCCGACUCAGGUCUUAACAGCAAUUUCAUUAGACAUUAUCUACUCAAACAGACGUCCACAUUGGUAAGCGAAGGCUUUCAAAGAAGAGAAGGAGGAGACAUUAUUUUUAACGCCAUUUCGUCAGAACGUUCUUCCCCGACGCUGGUAAAGAACUAAAAUAGAACAUUUUUCUACCUAGAUUGUAUCUACCAAAAUCUUAUACAGAAGGAAAGAAAAGGCAUAUCAUGAGGUUUCUGAACGGAAUAUGGUUUAUAGAUGGAUUAUUAUGAUUACAUUGAUUGUUUUUCUAAUUAUAAACAAAGACGAACAUGAUCAUACGAAUUCCGCUGACAUUGUUGCAACUUAUCGUCUGCUGUCUGAUCGUAAAACGUUACGACUGUGAAUCAGAUGUGAUUUACAAAGGAAAAAUGUAUGUGUCUGACGGUGAGCCUAUCAAUAUUUCGUGUAUUCGAUCUGCUUACGGAACACCAAAAUGGACUAGGAAUGGCCUAGCUGUGGAUCUCAAUGACCCUCAAUACUUUAGUGCAGAAGAAUAUUUGCCUAGCAAUAGAAUACGAAUGGAACUCGGCAUAAAGCAAACCUUCUGGGAGCACAGAGGUGAAUACAAAUGCGAUCCGUUGAGCAGCAGCAGCCAUAGAGUAGAAAUUGUGCCUUCAAAAGGUAAGUGAGAUCUUUGAUUUUAAGCAGCAUUAUCGAGUAACAGACAGUUUUGUUUUCAGCUAGAGUUUUGUUGCUACUAAACCGAAUUAUUUUAUAUACGUAUC